AUGAGGCUCAUGAAUAAGGUACUUCGCCCCUUCAUUGGUAAAUUUGUUGUUGUUUAUUUUGAUGACAUACUUGUUUAUAGAAAAUGUGAACUUGAUCAUGUUAAACAUUUGAGGCAAGUAUUUGAAAUAUUGAGAAGUAGACGGCUUUUUGCCAAGUUUGAAAAGUGUACUUUUAUAGUGGAUAGCAUUGUUUUUCUUGGUUAUGUGAUUUCGAGUGUAGGGAUCUCAAUGGACCCUAGUAAAGUGGAGGCCAUUCAAUCUUGGCCUUCUCCUAAUACUCUCACUCAAGUUAGGAGUUUCCAUGGUCUAUCUUCCUUCUAUCGAAGGUUUGUGGAGAAUUUUAGCACUAAUUUGGCCCCAGUGACCGAAUGCAUGAAGAAGGGUACUUUUGAGUGGACACCAUCGGCUCAAAGGGCUUUUGAGACCCUCAAGAAGAAGUUGUGUGAGGUUCCAAUCUUAGAUCUUCCGAAUUUUGAUCAAACCUUUGAAGUUGAAUGUGAUGCUAGUGGGUUUGGAGUUGGAGCAGUUCUUGUGCAAAGAGAGGGAGGUCGGUUGCCUAUUUUAGUGAGAAGCAUGGUGGAGCAAGAAUGA